AGGCUGCAUAUAUCACCCUGUUAAAGCAAGAUGGUUGUUCUUCAACCUGGUGAUCAUGUAUGGCUGGAAUCACUUUCAGGCAAGGAGUUUAAUGUGCCCAUUGCGGCAGUUGUCAAGAUAUCUAACUUGGGACGGCUCUUGCUGGAGGACAAUGAAGGCAAGGAACACUGGAUCACAGCUCAAAACAUUAGCACAGUGCGACCAAUGGAUGCUGCCUCCAUCCAAGGAGUGGAAGAUAUGAUACAUCUUGGAGAGAUGAAUGAAGCUGGCAUGGUACACAACCUACUCAUCCGGUAUAAAGAGAACAAAAUCUAUACCUACACAGGCUCUAUCCUUGUAGCCAUCAAUCCAUAUCAAGUGCUGCCACUAUAUACCAUGGAACAAAUCCAGCUCUACUACAACAAGAGAAUUGGGGAACUACCUCCUCAUGUCUUUGCCAUUGCUGAUAAUUGUUAUUUCAACAUGAUGAGGAAUAAGAAAGAUCAAUGCUCCGUCAUUAGUGGAGAGUCUGGAGCUGGGAAAACUGAAAACACCAAAUUAAUGUUGCAGUUCUUAGCUGUUAUUAGUGGUCAACAUUCCUGGAUCGAGCAACAGAUUCUAGAGGCCAAUCCCAUUUUGGAAGCAUUUGGCAAUGCUAAAACAAUUCGAAAUGAUAACUCAAGCCGCUUUGGGAAAUACAUUGACAUUCACUUCAACCAAAAUGGUGUAAUAGAAGGAGCUCGGAUAGAACAGUUCCUUCUGGAGAAGUCUCGAGUGUGUCGCCAGGCUCCUGAUGAAAGAAAUUAUCACAUAUUUUAUUGCAUGUUAGUGGGGAUGAAUCUGGAACAGAAAAAAAUGUUGAAUCUUGGCACUACUUCAGAGUAUACCUACCUAACUAUGGGCAAAUGCACUUUCUGUGAAGGCCGUAAUGAUGCCAAGGAAUAUGCUCAUAUAUGCUCAGCUAUGAAAAUUCUCAUGUUCUCUGAUUCUGAGCAAUGGACCAUAAGCAAAUUGCUGGCAGCCAUUUUGCAUCUAGGAAAUGUAGAAUUUGAAGGUGUUGUGUAUGACAAUUUGGACUGCUGUCAUAUUCUCGAUUCUGUACAUUUUUCCACUGCAACCAAACUACUGGAGGUGGAUUCUAGAGAACUCCAGAAGAGCCUUACAAACCAUUCCAUCAUCAUCCGAGGGGAAAGUGUCUCUAUGCCCUUAAGUGUGGCUCAUGCAGCUGAUGUGAGAGAUGCCUUUGCCAAGGGGAUCUAUGGGCUCCUCUUCAUCUGGAUAGUGAAUAAGAUCAAUGCUGCAAUUUGCAGUCCUCCCUCUCCAGAUGAGAAAAAUAAGUGCAAGUCCAUUGGGCUACUGGACAUAUUUGGCUUUGAAAAUUUUAGCACUAACAGUUUUGAGCAGUUUUGCAUCAACUUUGCCAAUGAGCAUCUCCAGCAAUUCUUUGUACUCCACAUCUUCAAACUGGAGCAGGAGGAAUACUUAGCUGAGCAAAUCACCUGGAACCACAUUGACUUCAAGGAUAACUGUACUGCUUUGGAAGUAAUUGUUCUCAAACCCAUGAACAUUGUUUCACUCAUAGAUGAGGAAAGCAGAUUUCCUAAAGGGACAGACACCACUAUGCUAAACAAAAUCAACUUGCAUCACGGCAGAAACAAAAUCUAUAUUUCUCCAAGGAAUGUCCAUGACACAGUUUUUGGUAUUAACCAUUUUGCUGGUGCUGUUUAUUACCAAUCAGAAGGUUUCCUUGAGAAAAAUCGUGACAUGCUUAGCUCAGACAUAAUGCAACUUGUUCAUUCAUCCGAAAACAAAUUCCUCAAAGAGAUUUUUCAGGUGGACACAGGCACGCAUGUGCUGCCUUUUGGCCGUGGGACCAUUAAGCAUCUUGGAAAGGAUUCCUUGAAGGGAUCAGAUUCUGCCAAACGCUUGCCUACACUAGGGGGGCAAUUCAAACAGUCUCUGGAGCAGUUGAUGAAAAUCUUGAGUAGCUGUCAGCCUUAUUUUAUCCGCUGCCUCAAACCCAAUGACCAAAAGAAACCUAUGCAAUUUGACAGAGAACUCUGUAUCCGACAGCUGCGCUACUCUGGCAUGAUGGAAACCAUCCGGAUUAGAAAAGCUGGCUAUCCAAUUCGCUAUAGGUUUGCAGAUUUCCUUCACAGAUACAAAGUCCUACAGCCAGUGUCAGCUGGAGAACAGCUGAAAAAUGAUGUUCGCCAGUGUUGCAUUUGCAUCUGUAGGAGAGUAAUGGGAAAAGAUGAUGAGUGGAAAGUUGGCAAAACCAAAGUCUUUCUGAAAGAUUAUCAUGAUACAGUCCUGGAAGUACAGCGAGACAAGGUACUCAGAGAAAAAGCCAUUCUAAUUCAGAAGGUGCUGAGGGGAUUCAAAGACAGGAAACAGUUUCUGAAGCAGAGACACAGUGCUGUAGUUAUACAGACAGCCUGGAGAGGUCACUGUGCCCGGAAAAAUUUCAGGAUGAUCAUGUUGGGGUUUGAACGCCUGCAAGCCCUUUUCCGGAGCAAACAGCUUGUGAAAAAGUACGAAGAAGCCCGUGGCAAUGUGAUUAAGUUUCAAGCAUUGUGUCGAGGUUACCUGAUGCGCCAGAAAAUUGCUGAACAGCUGAAAGCUGUGUGUGUGAUACAGGCUUAUGCUAGAGGAAUGUUUGUUCGCAAGAGUUUGCACCGAAUGAAGAAGGUAGGAAUAAAACUAUUAUUAAAGUUUCCAAAAGUAAAGAACUCUGAAGAAAACAAACAUGAAACACUGUAUGAUGUCAUCAGUGACCAGGAAAUGGUGGACAGAGUAUUUGGUUUCUUGCCUUCCUUCAUUGGGGGGCAAGAAGGUCAAGCUCCGUUGGGCUUUGAGGACCUGGAGAAGAAAACACAGAUACACAGGCUGAAUGAGGUGGACCUGGAUAUGAUCCCUAUGACUGUGGAGCUGGAUGAGGAGGCAGAUGAUUUGGCACAAUACACCUUCCCCAAAUUUGCAGCAACUUACUUCCAGGGAUCUUCCACAUAUACACAUAUUAGACGUCCACUGCGCCACCCCUUGCUUUAUCAUGAUGAAAAGGAUGACAUUUUGGCAUCUUUAGCUGUAUGGACCAUCAUUUUGCAGUUCAUGGGUGAUUUACCAGAAAGAGCGCAGAAUAUCAGCAGCAACAGAAGUUCCAAGGUGACUCAAAUUUAUGAGAGCUUUGGCAAGAAGAGCCAGCCACAGCCUAAUCAGGUGGGACAAAUAAAAAGCCAGCUGAUGAAUGGAGAAGACAUGUUUCAGAAGGAAUGCUCUGAGUCUGAGAGACCUAUGUCUAACCUUGAAAAAGUGCACUUUAUUAUUGGAAAUGCUAUCCUGCGUCCUGCCAUCAGGGAUGAGAUUUACUGCCAGAUCUGCAAGCAACUCACUGAAAAUAACAAUAAAACUAGUUAUCACAGAGGUUGGAUCCUGCUGUCACUCUGCCUUGGUUCUUUCUGCCCUUCAGACAAGUUUGUGAAGUAUCUGCUAAAUUUCAUCCGGGAUGGACCGUUAUUGUAUGCACCAUAUUGUUCUGAAAGGUUGAGGCGAACGUAUAUGAAUGGAACACGGUCUGAACCACCUAGCUGGCUGGAGCUGCAGGCAACCAAGAGUAAGAAGCCAAUCACACUCAGUGUAAUCAUGAUGAACGGCAACAGUACCAAAGUGCUUGCAGAUUCAGCCUCCACUGCAAAGGAGAUCUGCCAGCUGGUAGCUGAUAAAAUUAAGCUGAAGGACACAUUUGGCUUCUCCCUCUACAUUGCUUUGUAUGACAAGGUCUGGUCACUAGGGAGUGGACGGGAUCAUAUCAUGGAUGCCAUUUCCCAGUGCGAACAACAGGAAGGAGAGAAGGGUGGCCAUGUACAGUAUACUCCUUGGCGUCUCUACUUCAGAAAAGAGAUCUUCACUCCCUGGCAUAACUGUAAAGAAGAUCCCAUCAGCACUGAACUCAUCUAUCAUCAAAUAAUACGUGGCAUCCGGUUUGGAGAAUAUUGCUGUGAAAAGGAGGAGGACUUGGUGGAAGUAGGAGCCAAAUAUUGUUAUAUGAAGUUUGGAGAGUCCAUCCAAAGUGAGUUGGUUCAAAAUAUUCUCCAGGAAUAUAUCCCAGCAAAGCUACUAAGAUCCAAAUCCCAAGAGAAGUGGGUGAGCCUCAUCACGUAUGCUCAUGCUAAGGCGCCUUACACACAGGACCAGAUUUCCCCACAAUGUGUAAAGGAGCAGCUGGUAGACUUUGCCCAUGAUCAGUGGCCUCUGCUCUUUUCUAGAUUCUUUGAAGUUACUAAAUUUUCAGGGCCCAGUCUGCCAAAGAAACAUUUCAUUGUGGCAAUUAAUUGGAAAGGUGUAUGUUUCCUAGAUGACUCUGAAAGAAGACUUCUAGACUUGUCUUUUCCAGAAAUUACUGGCAUCCAUACCAACAGGGCAGUCAAGACAUUUGGGCAAAGCUGCACCCUUACCACACUGCGUGCAGAAGAGUUUGUCUUGACAUCUGUCAACAGUGUUGCAAUUGCAGAAUUAAUAGUCAUGUUCCUGGAAGGAUUGAAAAAGAGAUCAGUGUAUGCAGUGGCAAUACAAGACAAUAAGCAGCAAGACGACUCUACAAUUUUGGCCUUCAAGAAGGGGGACUUGUUGAUUUUAACCCAGGACAAAAAAAGAUUAGGAGAAAAUCAAGGCUGGAUCCCUGCUCAAAAUGAGCGAACCAAUAGUUCUGGGCUUGUGUCACAAGAGACCAUCUAUGUCAUUCCUACGGUUACAAAGCCUUCCAGUCAAAUAUUGAGCUUGUUAAUGAUGUCACCUGAACAAAGGAGAUUAGUAUCACUAAACUCUCAAGCAGAAGAACCUGAGGAAGAGAAUGCAAAAGUGAAGCCAUACACUCUUGAAGAAUUCUCUUACGAUCACUUCAGAGUUCCUGAGAAGGAGUCAAUCAGCAAGGCUGUUUUACCCAAGUCCCAAGGACAGAGUCAUCUGUGGGCUCAUUCUAGACAGCCUCUGAAAAAGCCUUUGCUAAAGAAGGUGUGUUGUAAUCCAGACCUCUGGGACUUUGCUUGCCAGACUUUCAUUGCCAUCAUGAAAUACAUGGGAGAUUAUCCCUCAAAGCAAGAGAGAUCUCCUGUGGAACUUACUGACCAGAUAUUUUUAGUGGCAAUCCAGGAGGAUAUUCUGCAUGAUGAGGUCUACUGUCAGAUCUUGAAACAGCUAACUGAAAACCACAACAGGUAUAGCCUGAAUAGUGGUUGGCAGUUACUCUGGCUCUGCACAGGCCUUUUUCCACCUACUAAAUCACUGCUGAAACACGUUCAGAAGUUCAUUGAGACUCGUCCAAAAGAGAACCUGGCUUUGGAAUGCAGACAUAGGAUCCAAAGAGUGAUAAGGAGUGGCUAUCGGAAGUGGGCCCCACACAGUGUAGAAGUGGAGGCAAUUCAGAAGAAUAUCACCAAGAUCUCGCACAAGAUUCAUUUUCCAAAUGAGACAGAGCAGGUUUUUCAGGUAGGAACAAACACAAAAGUAUGGGAUCUGUGUCAGAUGAUUGGCAAAAAGAUGGAACUGAGCUCCUUGGAAGGAUUUAGCCUCUUUAUCAAGAUGUCAGACAAGGUGAUCAGCCAGAAUGAAGCAGAUUACUUCUUUGACUCCUUGAGGCAGGUGACAGACUGGACUCAGAAGAAUAGGCCAGGAAAAGAGGUGUUUCCCAUCACCAUGAAUUAUCAGGUAUAUUUCAUGAGAAAGUUGUGGCUGAAUGUGAUACCUGGGAAGGAUUUGAAGGCUGACUGCAUCUUUCAUUAUCAUCAGGAGCUGCCAAAGUAUCUGCGAGGCUAUCACAAGUGCUCAAAAGAGGAUGCCAUCCAACUGGCUGGGCUGAUUUUCAAAGUUCGCUUUAACAAUGAUCGAACACAAUACACUGCAAUACCUAAAAUACUGAAGGAACUAGUGCCUGAGAACGUGAUUCAAGCAAUAUCUCCAGAGGAGUGGAAACGGAAUAUUAUUUCUGCUUUCAACAAACAUGGACAAAAAAGUGUGGAUGAGGCCAAGAUUGCCUUCUUGAAGUUCAUAUAUCGUUGGCCAACUUUUGGCUCAGCCUUCUUCGAAGUGAAGCAAACUUCAGAGCCAAAUUUCCCUGACAUAGUAUUGAUUGCUAUCAACAAGCAAGGGGUUUCCAUAAUACAUUCAAAGACUAAGGAGAUCUUAGCUGUUUAUCCCUUCAAUAAAAUUUCUAACUGGAGCAGUGGUAGCACAUAUUUUCACAUGACAAUAGGGAACCUGGUACGAGGAAAUCGAAUUCUUUGUGAGACAUUUCUGGGUUACAAAAUGGAUGAUUUGUUGACAUCAUAUGUUCAUUUGCUAAUGAAUAUUGUAAACAAACAGAAAAAUCCCAAUAUCCCUGCCUGAAGAUGCCAGCUGUCAUCAUGCACAGGUUGUGCCAGAUUUACAAUAUUGAAAGAAAUGAGACUUGGUUACCUCUGCAAUUUUUCUCAACCCAAAAGGAGUGAACCAUAAAAUUGCUGCUAUAGCAGAAAUAAGUGUGGACUUAUGCUGACUACAGUUUAAUCAUUUCUGGCUUGGUGUACAAGU